UUAUAGAGUAACAUAACAAUUACAAUAUAAGCCAAUUCCUUACUUCUUAGUAGAUGGCCACGGGAUGCGGUCCCAUUGCGGCCCCCUUAUUUCCUUCCAUCCUCCCUCCCUCCCUCCCUCCCUCCAAAGGGAGGAGAGGCCAAGGGUGAUCCUAGGCCGCCCCCCCCCAGCACCCCUUGCCCACCUCCCUCUCCCCAAACCCUCCUCAGCCCACGGCCUCCCUCUCUGGUUUGGACACAGGACAUCCCGGCCACACACACAAGGGCUUCCCGGAGGCAAGGGGCCUCGCGUGGCCUUUGGGAAGUGGGGAGGGGGCCUUGGUCGGGGGGGGGGCCUUCUCUGACCAGGUGAGGGGGUCCCUCUUCGAGGGGGCCUUGAAUGGUGGACUCUUGCCAGUCUGGGCUUGGCCGGGGGGCCUCUGGGGUUCUGAGUCCGCGUGGGGAUUGGUGGACGUAGGUGGGAGAGUCAGAUGGUCUCCAGGACUUGGGUCAAAAAAGUCCAAAUCUGAUCAUCAUCAUUAUUAUGAUGACUAGCUUGGGUCCCCGGGGUUGGCCAGCUUAUUUGACAAAGUCAGUAUUUUAAUUGUCCAAAAUGCACAAGGUUGUAUGUGAACUACAACUCCCAUCAUGCCAGGUGAACCCCCAGAAACUCCAUCAGUGAUGUUGGGCAAGUUUGCUCUGGAUGCAUCAUGGGCGGGGUCUGGUGUGCUUUCUGGCUGUAGGGUGAACUACAGCUCCCACUAUGGUGAGUCCCUCCCUCAAACCCCUCCAGUAGGUUGAGCCAGUCACGGGGGUUCUGUGUGCCAAGUGUGGUCCAGGCACAUCAUGGGUGGAGGUCACUGUUUCUCUGGUUGUGAGUGAACUACAACUCCCAGAAUGGUCACUACCCUAACCCAAACCCCUCCAGUCAUCAAAUCUCGGCAUAUCAGGUCUGUGUGCCAAGUUGGGUCCAGAUCCAUCCGUGUUUGGGAUCACAGUGCUCUUCCCCCAAAACAAGGGGAAAUUUAUUUAUUUACAGUAUUUAUAUUCCGCCCUUCUUUCUCACCCCGAAGGGGACUCAGGGCGGAUUACAAUGAACACAUAUAUGGCAAACAUUCAAUGCCAACAGACAAACAACAUUCCGUUUUAGACAGACACAGAGGCAUUUUUAACAUCUUUCCAGCUUCACAAUUCCGGCCACAGGGGGAGCUGUUGCUUCACCGUCCAUUGGUGGCUGUUCUUCCUCAUUCUUUUCCUCGUGUGCAGUUUUAUGGUGUUGUAGAUUAGUUAAAUUAGCCUCCCGCAUAAAGCGUACCUAAAUAUUCCCUACUUGACAGAUGCAAUUGUCUUUCGGGGCUGCUAGGUCAACAGCAAACCGGGGCUAUAUAUAUAUAUAUAUAUUUAUAUAUAUUUAUAUAUAUAUAUAUAAAGAGUGAUGGCAUCACGGCAGCGGACAAAACAACAAAAGUAAACACCCCACAACCUCGAAAAUUGACAUCACAACCCCUCAUCCAUGCCUCUAGGUUGAUACAACAAAAAGAAAAGAAAAAUAAAUUCCUAAUUAGAGGGAGAGGAAUAAUUGUUUUUAUCCAAUUGCUGCGAGUUAGAAGGCUAAGCUCCGCCCACUUGGUCUCCUAGCAACCCACUCAGCCCAGUGUUAAUAAAAUAAUGAUAAAAAAUAAAUACAAAUAAUACAAUAAAAAAUUAUAAAAAACACUAAAAUAAUUAAUACAAUAAAAUACGAUAACAAAAUGACUACAAAUAAUACAACAAAAUAAUAAAAUAUAAUAAAUAAAAAAGAUAAGUGACAAUAAAAUUAAUUUUAAAAAAUACAAAUAACGUCAAAUAAAAAUUCCACAACAACUUUUCACCGAUACCACCACCACUUUGCCACAGCAACGCUAGUGUGUGUGUGUGUGUGUGUGUGUGUGUGUAUAUAUAUAUAUAUAUAUAUAUAUAUAUAUAUAAAAUGAUAAAGUUGUUUGCGCAGUGACUGUAACAACAAAACUAAACAUCCCAGAAAUACGAAAUUUGGCAACACAAUGCAAAAGGCUUGCCUCCAGGUUACAACAACACAAACACACCACAAAACCACAAUCCAGACCCACAAAACUCACAACAACGCAUCAUGCGAUAACAACACAACUAAACGCCCCAGAAAUACAAAACUUGGCAACACAAUGCAAAAGCCUUGCCUCCCAGUUGUAACAACACAACCACACCACAAAACCACACAGGACUCACAAAACUCACAAUAACGCAUCGUGACUAUAACAACACAACUAAACGCCCCAGAAAUACGAAACUUGGCAACACAACACAAAAGCCUUCCCUCCAGGUUGUAACAACACAACCACACCACAAAACCACAAUCCGGACCCAUACAACUCACAACAAUGCAUCGUGACUAUAACAACACAACUAAACACCCCAGAAAUACGAAACUUGGCACACAACUAAACGCCCCAGAAAUAUUAAAUUUAACAACACAAUGCAAAAGCCUUGCCUCCCGGUUGUAACAACACAACCACACCACAAAACCACAAUCCGGACCCACAAAACUCACAACAAUGCAUCGUGACUAUAACAACACAACUAAACGUCCCAGAAAUACAAAACUUGGCACACAACUAAACGCCCCAGAAAUACAAAACUUGACAACACAACACAAAAGCCUUUUCUCCCAGUUUUAACAACACAACUACACCACAAAACCGCAAUCCGGACCCACAAAACUCACAACAACGCAUCGUGACUAUAACACAACUAAACACCCCAGAAAUACAAAAUUUGACAACACAAUGCAAAAGCCUUGCCUCCCAGUUGUAAGAACACAACCACAACACAAAACCACAAUCCGGACCCACAAAACACACAACAACGCAUCAUGACUAUAACAACACAACUAAACGCCCCAGAAAUACAAAACUUGGUAAAACAAUGCAAAAGCCUUGCCUCCCGGUUGUAACAGCACAACCACACCACAAAACCACACCGGACCCACAAAAUUCACAACAACGCAUCAUGACUAUAACAACACAACUAAGCGCCCCAGAAAUACGAAACUUGGCAACACAACACAAAAGCAUUCCCUCCCGAUUGUAACAACACAACUACACCACAAAACCACAAUCUGGACCCACAAAACUCACAACAAUGCAUCGUGACUAUAACAACACAACUAAACGCCCCAGAAAUACAAAACUUGGCACACAACUAAACGCCCCAGAAAUACAAAACUUGGCAACACAACACAAAAGCCUUGCCUCUCAGUUGUAACAACACAACCACACCACAAAACCACAAUCUGGACCCACAAAACUCACAACAACGCAUUGUGGCUAUAACAAAUACAAAAGUUGACAACACAACUCAUCCACCUCCCCAAUCCCUACAUUCACACCUGGCCUCCAAAAAAACAAUUACAAUAAUAACAAUGACAACAACAACAAUAAGAAUCAACACCAUCACAGGCAAGAAACAGCCAGGCACUGAGGCUGAGAGGCCAGUCAGUGCUACACUGGGCCUCCAAAAAACAAUACAGUCGCAUCUAACUUAUCCAACCUUCAUGACCACAACAACAACAAUAAUAAACAUCUACACAGGCAAAACAAAAAAAAGGACUAUUGUACCGCAAUAAAAAUAUAAACCGCACUCAGCAGAAUCAGACAUUACAACUAACAACAAACCAAAGACAACAGGGAUCUCAAGCAAUUAUCAAUCAACACAAAAAUUGAAGAAGGUAACAGACUUCAAAUACUACUACUAAUGUGAGUAUAAAGAAGGUGGAGGUCACAGCAUCAAUACAACCUAAUGUAAACUGACCAACACCACCAGACUCAGCCACAGCAACGCGUGGCCGGGCACAGCUAGUAUAUAUAUAUAUAUGGUCGGAGGCUUAACCCGACCCGGGCUUCGAACUCAUGACCUCUCGGUCAGUAGUGAUUUAUAGCAGCUGGUUACUAGCCAGCUGCGCCACAGCCCGGCCCCAAAUCCCCCCAAAGGCCUCCAGUAUUUUUGCUGGUCAUGGGGUUCUGUGGGCCAAGUUAGUUCCAGGUCCAUCAUUGCUAGAGUUCAGAGUGCUGUUAGAUUGCAGGUGAACUGUACAUCCCAGUCGCUACAACUCUGGGCCAAUUCCCCUCCAAACCCACCCAUAUUCAAAUGUGGGCCCAUCAGGUCUGCAGGCCAAGCCUGGUCCAGGCUCAUCUGUGUUUGGGUUCACAGUGCGCUCUGGAUGGAGGUGAACUACAACUCCUCUGUAUCCCCCCAAAGGCCUCCCGUAUUUUUUGCUGGUCAUGGGGUUUCUGUGGGCCAAGUCUUGUCCAAUUCCAUCAUUGCUAGAGUUCAGAGUGCUGUUCGAUUGCAGGUGAACUAUACAUCCCGGUCCCUACAACUCAUAGAAACCAUGGUGAAUUCUCCCCAGACCCCCCCCCCCCCCCUCUCUCUGGUAUGUUCCACUGCUGACCAGUUCCUCUGUCUGCUGUGCGCCAUAAAAAAGGAUAGGACAUAGAGGGGAAUUGGCAUGGCCCCGCCCACUGCCUCUCCCUUGACCCUUUCCUAUUCUUUCCUUGGCACACAGCAACUGAGCUCACUGGAGAUUGAGGUUUGGGGAGGACUAACCCUGACUGAGAGGAGUCGUAGGGAGUGGGACGUAUAGUUCUGCUGCAAUCUAAGAGCCCCGUGAACCCCACCAACAAAGGGCCUGGAACUUACUUGGCACACAGGCCCAACACGGCCACCUUGGCAUCCCGGGCCAGGCUGUGGUGCAGCCGGUUAGUAGCCAUCUGCAAUAAAUCACGACUGACUGAGAGGUCGUGGGAUCGAAGGCCGGGUCAGAUUGAGUUCCUGACCAUAAAGAGCCUGGCUCGGUGCUCACGUAAGCAGCUCAACAGACAGUUGCGUCUGUGGAGUAGGAAAUUCUAGGUGCCGCUUUAUGCGGGGAGGCUAAUUUAACUAUUUUGUGACCCCAUAAAAACUGCCGGCAGCAUGCGGAAAGGAAUGAGGAAGCCCUCCCAUCAAGGACUCGGUGUCAGAAGCUAAUGAUGAAGCGGCAGCGCCCCCUGUGGCCGGAAUGGCGCACUCCCUCCUGAAGCCGGAAAGCGGAAAAAUGUUGGAUGGCCUGUGUGUGUGUAUCGUGUGUCCGGUAAUGGCGUGGCGUGUUUGCCAUGUACAGGAGAGUCUCACUUAUCCACGUUCUGGAUUAUCCAACGCAUUUUUGUAGUCCAUGUUUUCAAUUCAUUGUGAUAUUUUGGUGCUAAAUUGGUAAAUACAGCAAUUGCAACAUAGCAUGACUGCGUAUUGAACUACUUUUUCUGUCAAAUUUGCUGUUAAACACGAUGUUUUGGUGCUUAAUUUGUAAAAUCGUAACCUAAUUUGAUGUUUAAUAGGCUUCUCCUUAAUGUCUCCUUAUUAUCCAACAUAUUCGUGUAUCCAACGUCCUGCUGGCCCGUUUAUGUUGGAUAAGUGAGACUCUACUGUAAAUAAAUACAUAAACAAACAAAUACUACUGGCAGGGUUUGGGGUGCCUGGCCUCGGCAUCGGAGAGUUCCAGUUCACCUGGGCCCGGCAGGCGAGGGAUCCGGACCAGGCCCAGCACGGGCGCGGGGGUGCCUGGGAGUUGUAGUCCUCCCUUCCCAGAGAGCCCUGCGCCGGGCCAAGGACGCCUCCCAACACGCCGCCGCCGCCUCCUCCUCACCACGGCCCCGGGCAGCGAGGGGUGUCUGGGGUGGAGGGAGAGAGACCCGCAAACAAGGAAGGCCCGUUGUUUUCCCUCACGGCUUCUCUCGUUCCUUGCCGCCCGUCAAUCAAGGCCGGGGAGCGGCACGCAGCCAAUGGGGGCCUCCGGUGGGCGGGGCGUCCCGGGCUCAGCCAAUGGGAGGGGGAGAAGGAGGGAGAAAAUGGCGGCCGUCUUCUUCAUCCGUCCUCGCCGCCGCCGCCUCAGGCCUGGCCGGGUUUUUUCUCUCUCUCUCUCUCUCUCUCUGAGGCGGGAAGGAAGAUGGCGGAGCAGAGGCCGGAGGCGCCGAGAGAGAGGACAUGAGAGUUCUCUGGGGCCACCCCUGCCGUGAUGGGAAAGGAACCAGCUUCUAGUAGAUAUUAAGGCAUUCGGAAACCAAAGUGCAGUAAGGAAACCAGUCCGAAAGGAAAAAGGAUUCCUCUCAAGGGGUGAUCUUGCCAAAUUCCUACAUUCACUUUAGAUUAUAGAAUAGAACCAUAGAGUUGGAAGAGACUGCAUGAGGCACAUAGUCCAGGCCUCUGCCAUGAAGGGAAAAGGCAAAGUACCCCUGACAGAUCAUAGAAUAGUAGAGUUGGAAGAGACCUCGUGGGCCAUCAAGUCCAACCCUCUGCCAAGAAGCAGGAAAUCACAUACAAAGCACCCCUGACAGAUGGCCAUCCAGCCUCUGCUUAAUGAGCAUCUAGCCUUUGUUUAAUAGAUUCCAAAGGAGCCUCCACUACAUUUUGAGGCACAGAGUUCCACUGCUGAACAGUUCCUUCUGUCGGGAAGUUCUUAAUGUUCAGAAGGAAUCUAUUUUCCUGUAAUUUGAACCCACUGAUGUGAGUAAUCAUAAAGGGAAAAACAAGAAUCAAGUGUCCAUAUUGGAAUUAAUUGUACAUAACACUGUGGACAUGGAGGAGAAAGCAUAUAAAUGUAUUGAAUGUGGAAAGAGCUUUAGUCAGCAUGAAAAACUGAAGACACAUCAAAGCACUCACACUGGGGAGAAACCCUAUAACUACCUGGAGUGUGGACAGAGAUUCGCUCAUAGUUCAGCUCUACGUAAACAUCAAAGGACUCACACUGGUGAGAAACCUUAUAAAUGCCUGGAGUGUGGACAGAGCUUCACUGAGAGGGGAAGUCUACGUAUACAUCAAAGGAUUCACACUGGGGAGAAACCCUAUAAAUGUCUGGAGUGUGGACAGAGCUUUGCUCGUAGUGGAAAUCUACGUUCACAUCAAAGGACUCACACUGGGGAGAAACCCUAUACAUGCCUGGAGUGUGGACAGAGCUUCACUGACAGUGGAAAUCUACGUAAACAUCAAAGGACUCACACUGGUGAGAAACCCUAUACAUGCCUGGAGUGUGGACAGAGCUUCACUCAGAGGGGAAGUCUACGUAUACAUCAAAGGAUUCACACUGGGGAGAAACCCUAUAAAUGUCUGGAGUGUGGACAGAGCUUUGCUCGUAGUGGAAGUCUACGUUCACAUCAAAGGACUCACACUGAAGAGAAACCCUAUAAAUGCCUGGAGUGUGGACAGAGCUUCACUGAAGGAGGAAGUCUACGUAAACAUCAAAGGACUCACACUGGGGAGAAACCCUAUACAUGCCUGGAGUGUGGACAGAGCUUCACUGAAGGAGGAAGUCUACGUUCCCAUCAAAGGAUUCACACUGGGGAGAAACCCUAUACAUGCCUGGAGUGUGGGCAGACCUUCACUGAGAGAGGACAUCUACAUAUACAUCAAAGGACUCACACUGGGGAGAAACCCUAUACAUGCCUGGAGUGUGGACAGAGCUUUGCUCGUAGCGGAAAUCUACGUUCACAUCAAAGGACUCACACUGGGGAGAAACCCUAUAAAUGCCUGGAGUGUGGACAGAGCUUCACUCAUAGUUCAACUCUACGUUCACAUCAAAGGACUCACACUGGUGAGAAACCCUAUACAUGCCUGGAGUGUGGACAGAGCUUCACUCAGAGGGGACAUCUACGUAGACAUCAAAAAUCUCACACUGGGGAGAAACCCUAUAAAUGCCUGGAGUGUGGACAGAGCUUCACUGAAGGAGGAAGUCUACGUAAACAUCAAAGGACUCACACUGGGGAGAAACCCUAUACAUGCCUGGAGUGUGGAAAGAGCUUCACUGAAGGAGGAAGUCUACGUAAACACCAAAGGACUCACACUGGGGAGAAACCCUAUAAAUGCCUGGAGUGUGGACAGAGCUUCACUGAGAGUGGACAUCUACAUAUACAUCAAAGGACUCACACUGGGGAGAAACCCUAUACAUGCCUGGAGUGUGGACAGAGCUUUGCUCGUAGUUCAGGCUUACAUUCACAUGAAAGGACUCACACUGGGGAGAAACCCUAUACAUGCCUGGAGUGUGGACAGAGCUUCACUCAUAGUUCAGCUCUAUGUAAACAUCAAAGGACUCACACUGGUGAGAAACCCUAUACAUGCCUGGAGUGUGGACAGAGCUUCACUCAAAGGGGAAGUCUACGUACACAUCAAAGGAUUCACACUGGGGAGAAACCCUAUAAAUGCCUGGAGUGUGGACAGAGCUUUGCUCGUAGUGGAAGUCUACGUUCACAUCAGAGGAUUCACUGGGGAGAAACUUUAUAAUUGCAUGGACAGUGGAAACAGUUCACAUAUAGUCGCAAUCUACAUAAACAUAAUAGAAUUCACACUGGAGAGAAUGGUGGUAAUGGACACUAGAGUCUUUCUAACAUGUACAAAAGCAACAGGUGUUAGAAAUGCAAGCCCAAAGUUGGAACAUUUUAUCAUUGUGGUGUAUUGUAAAGAGAUUGAGCUACAACACAUUUCAUCCUGGAAGUAAUUUGUGAGGGCAGUUAGAAAAAUAUAGUAUUACAGUAAAGUCUCAUUUAUCCGAGAUAAACGGGCCGGCAGAACAUUGGAUAAGCAAAAAUGUUGGAUAAUAAGGAGGAAUUAAGAAAGAGGCCUAUUGAACAUAAAAUUACAUUAAGAUUUUACAAAUUAUGCACCUAAACAUCAUGUUUUACAACCAACUGACAGAAAAAGCAGUUAAAUACACAGUAAUGUUAUGUAGAAAUUACUGUAUUUAUGAAUUUAGCACCAAACCAUUGCAACAUUUACUACAAAAACAUUGACUACUCAAAGGCCGACUGCCUUGGCUGAUACAGAACAUUGGAUAAGUGAAGUUUGGAUAAGUGAGACUCUACUGUAAUUUUUCAACAAAGUUCAGAUUUGGAAUUAAAAAUAUAAAGAUUCAAUCUACCUUGGAGCAGAAACGUUGGAUCAAAGUCAUUUCCCCUGUAAAUUUCCACAGAACAUGUCUAUGGAUUUCUCUCCUUGGCAUGUUUAAACUGCAUGUUUAUUCUGCUUCUAUUUACAAAGUUCGUAGGUCAGAUUGGCAGGGCAUGGUAAACUUGAAAAAUCGAUUUAUUGAUUGGGAGGUGUCAAUACAACUCGGAACAACUGAGCUCAUACAGUAGAAGAGCUCCUUCUCACGGCCACUUUGUGCAAAUAGCAGGCACUUUCUGUUUGUAGGAAAACUCAUUUUUGAGUUACAUUAUUUCUUCCUUUCACUUCAGAAAGCAGGUUACGAUUAAAUUUAGAAAGGCAAACAAGAGAAACCGCUAAGGAAAAUCAGCCUAAUAUUUGCAGAUUGACUAUGGCUUCGGUAAUAAUGUGAUAUGUACUCAAAGUAUUCAAUAAGAGAUAGCUUAAAAGGGAAACUGCAAAUAAUGGGAUCAACAGUUGCAAAGGAAACAUAAGAAAUCUGUAUUCUAAGGAGAUUGGUGUUAAUGGAAUCUGCUUUUAAAAUCAGUUUUUAUAAAUGUUAUAAACAUUGAAGAGAGUUAACAAUUUAGUUCAAGAAUUAGAACAUUUAAACUUUGGAAUCACCAGGUGUCUGAAUUCCAUAAAACAAACUGAUUUUGUGAUGGUCCUUUGAACACGGAUCACCCUCUUUUGCGGAGCCUCCAGUGGCCUAGGGGAUAAAAGCCUCGUGACUUGAAGGCUGGGUUGCUGAUCCGAAAGCUGCCAGGUUCGGAUCUCACCCGGGAAGAGCGCGGAUGAGCUCCCUCUUUCAGCUCCAGCUCCAGCUCCAUGCGGGGACAUGAGAGAAGCCUCCCACAAGGAUGUUGGGCUUCUACCUUGUCCGUUUAGAAAACUUCUUUAAAAUUGGUGGGCUAAAAGGGGUCGAUAUGCCCUCCAUGUCUGGCGAUUUUCACCCCUCGAUCCCUAAAACUGAAGGGAGGGCGAGCCUUUGAAGCCUUACCAUUCACAUUUUUUUCAGAUGCGAGAUCAAAAUCCCAUUUGGAUAGGGUCCCGUUUUCGGAAGUGGAAAACGAAAACGGAGCAGAACAAAUGCAACAAAACAAAACGGAUAGCGAUUUCAUACAAAUGCAAAUCAUUACUCUGUUCCCUUCCUUGUCUGCUGCACUCGAAUGGACGGGAAAAGUAUGCUGCAACCAUUAAGGUUAAAUGAAACCAGAGUUGUAUUUGUUGAGAGUGUUAGAUUUUAUUUAUUUCGUGUCAAAAGCAUUGGUACAGCAAAUACAUUUCAAAUAAUGGAAAUAAAAUAGAAAAGAAAUCACAAGCAACUAAAUAGUUUUGGACCAAAAGCGGGCAACAGCAACCGCAUUGUCUGUAGCUUUAAACAACUCCUCCGUACAUGAGGCAGGACAUUGUGGGCAAGCAGACAUAUGCGGAGUUGUUUGUUCAGCUCCACAGUCACACAAGGUGGAGGAUUCCUCCAGGUCGUGCCACCUUGCCAGGUUCCCUUUUGAUCUGCCCACUCCACUUCCGAGUCUGUUCAGGGACUUCCAAGUGGCCCAUUCUUGGUUUGCCCUAAAGGAAGGAAGACCCUCGUGGGGGGCCAUCCAGUUGGUUGCCAGGUUUAGCUGCCCAGAGGGACACCCUUGUUGCUGCUGGAGGAACAUCAAGAGGAGGGAGUGGUGGUUCUCAUGAAGCCCUUCCUUGACUUGAGUCUGGUGGGAGGAGGCCAAUAGUCAUCCAGUGGGUAGCUUUCACAAUGUUCGACCUUAUUUCUCUCACAGUUAGCAGCAACUUCCCAUUGCACGUCAGGAGGGGCAAUGCCAGCUAACUUGUAGAGUUUAUCAACAGGUGUAGGUUUAAGGCGUCCCGUGAUGAUUCUGCAUGUUUCGUUUAGUGCUAUGUCCACCUGCUUCGCAUGGGCAGACUUGUGCCAGACAGGGCAGGCAGACUCUGCAGUUGAGAAAGACAAGGCCAGGGCUGAUGUUCUUACUACUUGUGGGUCUGCUCCCCAUGCGCUGCCAGUCAGUUUCCGCAGGAUGUUAUUGCGUGCAGCUACUUUGUGCUUGGUGUUCGUGCAGUGUUUCCUAUAUGUUAGUGUUCGGUCUAAGGUGACACCGAGGUAUUUAGGAUGGAAAUAGUGUUCGAGCUCUUGGCCUUCCCAAGAAACUUUCAGUUUCCUGUUGGCUGCACGGUUACGUAGGUGGAAAGCACACACUUGUGUCUUGGCAGGGUUAGGGUUAGGGUUAGGGCCUCCUUUUCUGGAUCUGGGGUGUGACUGUAUUUCACGACUACAGUGGGCCCUUCACACUUGUGUGGCUUAGGGUCCCCGGACCCACAUGAAAGCGAGAAAGCCCAAACCUUCUCAAUCCCAUUGACCACCUUUAGCACACCAAAAGCACAAGACAGUAGAAUCUCACUUAUCCAAUGUUCCGUAUUAUCCAAGGCAGUUUGCCUUUUAGUAGUCACUGUUUUUGUAGCAAAUGUUGCAAUGUUUUGGUGCUAAAUUCAUAAAUACAGUAAUUACUGCAUAACAUUACUGUGUAUUGAACUGCUUUUUCUGUCUAUUAGUUGAAGCUUCCGAACAGUCUUCAAAGGCAGCCCCACAUAGAGCGCGUUGCAGUAGUCUAAUCGGGAUAUAACAAGAGCAUGGACCACCGUGGCCAAGUCCGGCUUCUCAAGCUACAGGCGCAGCUGGUGCACAAGUUUUAACUGUGCGAAGGCUCCCCUAGCCACCGCUGAGACCUGGGGCUCCAGGCUCAACGAUGAGUCCAGGAUCACCCCCAGACUGUGCACCUGCGCCUUCAGGGGGAGUGUGACCCCGUCCAGCACAGGCUGUAACCCUAUACCCUGUUUGGCCUUACGACUGACCAGGAGGACCUUUGUCUUGUCUGGAUUCAAUUUCAAUUUGUUGGCCCUCAUCCAGUCCGACACAGCGGCCAGACACCGGUUCAGGACCUGGACAGCCUCCUGAGUGACAGGUGGGAAGGAGUGACAGAGCUGGACAUCAUCUGCGUACAGAUGACACCUCACCCCGAAACUCCGGAUGAUCUCUCCCAGCUGCUUCAUGUAAAUAUUCAACAACAUAGGGGACAGUACAGAACCCUGUGGGACCUCACAAGUCAACGGUUGUGGGGCCAAGCAGGCGUCCCCCAAUGACACUAUCUGGGACCGACCCUCCAGGAAUCAGUGGAGCCACUACAAAACAGUGCUUCCGAGACCCAUCCCCGCAAGGCGUCCCAGAUAGAUACCGUGAUCGACGGUAUCGAAGGCCGCUGAGAAGUCCAGCAGAACCAGCAGGGACACCCUCCCCCUGUCCAGUUCCCGGCGAAGAUCGUCGACUAAGGCGACCAAGGCUGUCUUGGUACCAUGCCCCGGCCUGAAGCCAGACUGCGCUGGAUCCAGAAAAUCAGUGUCAUCCAAGAAUCCCUGGAGCUGCGAGGCAACCACAUGUUCCAAGACCUUGCCCUUAUAUUGGCUAACAAACAAACAAAGGGGGGUUUUCACUCAGCAUUCACACACAUGUUCAUGCAUUUAUCUUCAUGCACACAUCCAAAUAUUACCCCAUCCUUUUUUCUCUCCUUGGAGAAGCACCUGCUUAGGCCCCGCCCUGCUUCCCUUCAGCCUGCCAACGGAAAACUCCAAAAAGACCGUGGCUCCAGAACGCACUCCUUUCUCUUCCCAUGAGAAAAGGGGGCAAGUGACCAGACUCCUCCGUUGAGUAUCUGCCACUUUCCAAAGUACACCAUCUCCACUGAGCAUGGUGGGUGAACUAGACUGCUCCGGUCUGCCACAAUUUCUGAAUUGUCACAAGGUCAUUUAUAUUGCUGCUGUUGUCCCGUCACCCAUCCUGCAUCUUUGCUUUUCCUUUUUUCUGCCUGAGUGUCGUAUCUUACAUUUGUUCUUGUUGGCAUUCAUUUUGUGAGUUUUGGCCAAUCAAGUCUGUCAUCUGUUGAGGUCAUUUUGUAUCCUGAUCCUCUCCUCUGGAGUCUUUGCUCUCCCUCCCAAUCACCAAACAUGAUAAACACACCCUCUAAACCAGGGGUCCUCAAACUUUUAAAGCCGAGGGCCGGUCCACAAUCCUUCAGACUGUUGAGGGGCCGAAUUAUCAUUUGGGGAAAAAUACCCGAACAAAUUCCUAUGCACACUGCACAUAUCUUAUUUGCAGUGCAAAACAACAAUAACAAUGAAAGAACAAUACAAUAUUUAAAAAUGAAAAUAAUUUUAACCAACAUAAACCUAUCAGGAUUUCAAUAGGAAGUGUGGGCCUGCUUCUGGCCAAUGAGAUAGUCAGGUUAAUUAGGAUUGUUUUUGUUGUUGUUGUGUGUCUUCAAGUCAUUUCAGACUUUGGGCGAGCUUAAGUCCAAAAUUAUUUAUUUAUUCAUUCAUUUACUACAUUUAUUUACUACAUUUAUAUCCCACCCUAAUCACCCCGAAGGGAACUCAGAGCAGCUGUAUGUACAUACAGUAUAUUAUAUUAUUAGUAUAACACAAUAUUAGCAUUAUAUAUUACUAUAUUGAACUAUAUCACUAUACUGUAAUAUUAUAUGUAAUAUAUAACAUAUAAUUAAUAUUAUAUGGUAUUAUUAUUAGUAUUAUAUUGUAUAAAAUGAUAAUAUUAUUAUCAAUAUCAUAUGUAUAUACAAUAUAACAUAUUAUUAAAACGGAUAUAAAAAUAUUAUAUUAUAAAUGAGGGCGGGGGCCAGGUAAAUGACCUUGGAGGGCCGCAUCCGGCCCCCGGGCCUUAGUUUGGGGACUCCUGCUCUAAACCUUCAUCCAGGUCAUUAAUAAAGAGGUUGAACAGACCUGGGCCCAGGACCGAACCCUCUCCACGGCACUCCACUAGAGGCUUCUUUCCAGGAUGAAGAGGAGGAUCCCAUGGAGAGAAGCACCCUUUGGGUUCGGUUGCUUAACCAAUUCCAGAUCCACCUAAGAGUAGCCUUGCUUAUCCCACUUAGGACUGUACCAAGAUCAAAUGAAAUAUGCAUAUAUGAUAUGUGUGGUUUGAAUGGAAGAAUGAAUGAGAGCUAAUAAACGUGAAGACAACAGUCUGUAUAUGUUAUGAUUGAGCCUCGUGGCUCUGUUACUGACAGGCGUGGGCGUAAGACUCCUCGAGAGUCAGAUACUCUCGAGGAGCGAGAGAGAAAAAGACUGCGAGACAUAUUUGCAGCACCAUCUGAUGAAGAGUCUUUCGAGGGGUUUACGGAGAGAAUGGAGGAGGGGCAGGUUAGCUCGGAGGAGGAUGAGAUGGAUUGGACUCGGGUAAGGGAGGAAUUGGGUGCCACUGGCCAUGAUGGGGCAGAAGAUGAAUGGGGACCUUCAGGAUCAGAUCCAUGGCUUAGCUGGAGGGAUGGGACGGGAUCCACAGCUGGAGAUGCUGCUGGGCGUAGUCAGAGGUGUUCCAGCUCUGACGAGGAAAGUGAUGAGGAAACGCCCGGGUUAAGGAGGACAGCUGACAGUGAUGAAGAUUUGUAACUGGCAUAAAAUGGGGCUUGAGAGCAAUUGCAAAUUGCGUUGGGCAAGGUAAUCUGGGAUCCGUGUGUGUGUGGGACGCUUCCCUGAAGACUUGUGUGCUUUCCUGUGCUGAGACGUAAGUUGAUUGGAAUCCAGGGUCAGACGGCGGGAGGGAUUGUGUGGGCAUUUGUUUGUGCAAACCUGUGCUUACUCUUAUUAGCUUGACCUUCCGUCGUCUUCUUGACGGACGCCAUCUCCUGCUUUGAAUACCCGGACUGAACUGACCACGGCUUGGCUUCAUCCCCUUCUUGGACUUGGGAAAACUACAAACGUCUGCUUCUGGCUUUGAACUACGGAACGGAACUGGUCUACUCUACUGUUGCAUUCCCUGGCUGAUUUGUUCGUGCUGGAAAUCCUGUCUGCUGUGUGUGUGUGGGAGCGACGCAAGUUACUGUAAACACUGUGUUGGCAGCAGAGAGGAAUCUGCUGCCAAUUAGCUGCAUUCUUUGUAUCUUUUGUUCUUGGCUCUCGUUUUGUUUAUAUUCAGGCUGAAGCAAGCAGUUUGUUUUUUACCCGGAUUAAACUCCGGUUUAAUCCGGUUUAUCUUUUGAACAUUUAUUUUGCCCCUUUUUGCUCCUAAAGGCAAAUACUGCCUGGCCCUUGUGUUUUACGGGCUUGUUUUGAGUUCUGUAACCUAAUAAACUCUGUUACUUUGAAUCUCGUGGCGUUCUGUCCUUGACAGUAUACUAAGGCUUGCAAACCAUUAACUACCUGCUCAAGAAUUGUAAUUAAAAUGUGCUAAUAAGAUCUGAAAUAGUUGACCUGCCUGGUAAACUGUGAUAAGAACUGUGACUGAUAAGAGAAAUGUUUACAACUGUUAAGAAGGAAGUAAACACGGAGCUGCUUGUGUUUGCUAACACCAAUCAAGAGGAAUCGACAUCUGGUCCAGGAAACUGAGGAUAUUCCAGGAUGGAAGACGUCUAUCAUUCAUUUAUAACUUUGGGACAACAUCAGCAAAAGAUUGCUACAUAAGUGACCUCAUGACAAUCCAGAAAGUGUGACAGACAGCAACGCUGUUCACCCGCCAUGCUCAGUGGAGAUGGCGUACUUUGGGAGUGGCAGAUCUGCUCUGGGAAGGCAGGAUUCUGGUCACUUUUAGGGCCUCCUUUUCUCAUGGGAAGAGAAAGGAGUGCGUUUUGGAGAUGUUCUUUUUGGAGUUUUGGUGUUUUGGCGUUUUGGAACUAUGUCUUGGCAGGCAGCAGUGGAAGCUGGGUCUGGCCUAAGCAGGUGCUUCUCCAAGGAGGGAGACAGGAUAUGGUAAUAUUUGUGUGCAUGAAGAUAGAUGCAUGUUGUGUGUGAAUGCUGAGUGAAAAUGUAACCCCCCCUUUUGUCAGUUUAUUAGCCAAUGUAACUGGGGGUUGUUUGUCAAUCCAAUGUAGUUGCAUAGAAUCUGUAGGUCUGUAAGUCUAAUGUUGUUCUUUGUUGUUCUGUAAAGGUUCUGCUAUACCUCUCAGACUGAAUUUGCAAUAAAAAGAACCUAUGCUUCAAAGUUAUUGAGAAGUUGUUCAUAACAGGACUAGAAGGUGGUGGGGGACGUUGUCGAAGGAAGGCCUUGCUGGAAUCAAGGUCUGCUCUAUCCACAGCAUUCCCUGCAUCUGCCAAGCUUGUAACUCUGUCGAAAAAAGAGAUCAGAUGGGUCUGGCAUGACUUGUCUCUGAGAAAUCCAUGCUGACUUUGAGUGAUCACAGCAUUCCUUUCUAAGUCAAUACGGUUUCGUUUAAUAAACCUCACCCCUGAUACUGGGAGAUCCUCGGACAGCGAGGCCAUCUCUUCCGCUUUGUGUAGAUUUAUCCCUGCUUCAUGUGAACCCCCUGUAGUAACUGAGACUGUUUAACGGUGUCACGACCCAGGCUACAGAGCACCAAUAACCAUACGCAGAGGCCAGAUUCUAUCUAAUAUCUUUAUUAAGGAAAUAUAUAAAGUUAAUAAAAGCAAAUGUAAAAGUUAGUCCAGAAGCAGACCUUUCAGGAAAGGUCAAAAUUAGUCCAAAGAAACAAUGUCCAAUAUGAAAUAUUAAGGUCCAAAGUUGUAAUCCAAUAACCGAAACACUCACUUUGCCAGGCAAAGUGAGGGGAGAUGACAAGGUCCUUUAGUCCAUGAACUUGAGCAAGGCUAGGAAUUAACUUGAUACUUGAAAACAAGGCUUGAAUCGUGGCACAAGGUAACAAAGAACAAGAACAAGAUCCGUGGAAUUACUUGGUAAAAUCCGUGAAACAAGGCAAGGUUUAGUCCUGAAAGGCGAGGCAAGGUCCGUAGGUAAACAAGGCUGGGAAACAGGAGCGAAGGCUUGAAAACAAGAACAAGGCUUGAACAGGAACGAGGCUUGGAUCGGAGCGCGCUGUCCAGACACAACUCGCUCCGGAGGCUGACGAAUUGACUCCGCAAAGUUACUCCGCGGGUAAAACACCUAUAUAGAGUCUAACUUUCCCGCCGAGAGCAGUUCUCUGGGAACCAGAAACGAAAGCUAAUCUCUGAGACCAGAUGUUUGACUCCUUAAAGAUUCUCAUGGAAAGCAGGCUUAAUUGGCUAAAUUCUUAGCAAUUAUUCUAGCACUCCUGCGCGAGGCCGCUUCCAAACCUCUCUGUUGUUUACAAAACUCAUGGCGAGAAAACACAGGAGAUGUAGCCUCAGUGUUUGUUUGACAUACUUCUGGAACAUAACCCUCUUGCAGGUGCAAGGUUCCCAGAUCUGGCUGGGAAGAAUCUGUCUGGGAAGAAUCCAGUUCUGACUGGGAAGGUAAAAAACCCAAGUUUUCUUCUUCAUCAGGCAUCACAAUGUCAUGAGCAGGACUACAAGGCCCAUGGGUCAUCACACACGGUUACUUUUGUCAAUAUUCUUAUGAUUAGUUUUUCAAAUAUUUGUGUCCACAUUUGCAAAGACUUUCUGUAUAGAUUUCAGAUUUCCAUUUUAAUGUCAAAAUACAUAGGAUGAUUUUAUAUAGGAUUUGCAUUUGAGUAGAUCAGAUCUAGUUUGCCAAAUAGUCACUGUUUAAUGUUUUUUAUGUUGAAUGUUUUUAUAUUGUGGAAUAUUUUAAAUUGUAAGUCGCUCGGAGCACUCUGGUGGAGAGCGGCUAAUUAAAUAAAGUGAAGUGAAGUGAAGAUUUGUGCUACAUUAGAACAGUAAACACAAAUGUCACGUAAAUAAAAUAAACAUUAAAUAUUAAAUAACCAAUUUUUUAAAAAAAGGUGUAAACAUAAACCUAAUCUGGGAAUUUUCAAAAAUAUUUUUGUGAAUAUUUCUAUGAUUAUUUCUAUGAAUAAAUUUAGGAUUUUUUUCUGUGUAUAUCUUCUGUGAGUAUUUUUGGGAAUGUUUCUGCAAAUUUUUAUGAUCAUUUUUGUGAAUAUUUUCUGGAACAUUUUGAUAAUAUUUCUAUGAAUAUAUUUAUGAAUGUUUUCCUUAAUAUUUUGUAAUUUUUGUGAAUAUUUCUGUAAAUUUGUAUAUGAUUUCUUGUGAAUAUUUCUUAAAAUGUUAGGAUACACAGCAUCUCCCCCUCACAGCAGAAUGGAAGGCAAAGAACAAUGAUAAUGGCCGAUGAAGAUUCAUGAAACCGUUGAGACGGACAAAUUAAGAAAGAAUAAUACAAUAAUAUAAAUAUUAGGCUUGUUCCUUUUGGCUGAACCUCAAUCCGGCUGAAUUUCGGGAGAUCUGAACCUACUGCAGGGGUUUGUGGGAAUUGGCCCUGUGUUGUGACCCAGCCACAGGAUAGCCAGAGUGAGGAUGAAGAAGGGGAUUCUGGGUUUCAGAUACAAGAACCAGUUGAGCCAGAAGAUGGGCUGCAGGAAUACAGGCCGAUUCAGAGGCUCGAGAAUUGCAGUUUGAGCAGAAUGAACUGUUGACCCCAGAAGCCAUAGAUAACAGCCAGGAUGACAUUCCCAUGGGAAUUAAUGAGCAAGAGAGCUCUCUAGUCCCGGUUCAGGUGCAAGAUAACGAUAGCGAAGACCUUGAAUUAUCUAGGGCUGACCGUUUGUUAUGGAGAGGUUUUCAGGUUCGUAGGAGUGAGAGGCUAGUGGGAAAGAAAGGCCACUUAUGGGAAAAGAAAUGCCUUUCUCGGGUGCCUUUAAAAGUGUGUGUUUGCAGAUAGCUCGUUGUCAAAGCAAAUCCUUGCUUCAUCUACGUGGAUGUUCUUGUUUCAUGCUCAAGAGAAGUUUUCCUGGAUCUUUGUACCUUUUGGGCCUUGUUUUUGGGAUCUACUGUUUAUUGCCUUGCCUUAUGGAUUCUUAGAUUGCUAUGGCUUAUGGACUAAUGGAUUUUCAUGGCUUAUGAACUAUUUGGAUUCCUAUUGACUCUUUUAUUGCAACUUUGAAAACCCUUUCAACUGCCUGCUUUGAUUUAUAUAUUUGCUUUGCUCAAUAAAACUUCAAAAGAC